CCCACCCGAGCGUUGGAGUGGCGAAAACGUCCCCUGUGUGCCGCAUCAUCGUCGACCUUGCCGCGCUUCUCGAUGCAUCUUUGGGCGAGCUCGCUAUGGCAUGCGCUGGCGCUGACCAUCUACGUGGUGACCUUCAUGGCGACUCAUGUUGGCGCGGCCGCGGCCCAAGUUGUCCAGUACACGUUUGAUAAGGCCCGAGCGGGGGGUGUUGUCGGCAACAUCCACGUAACGUACAACACCCCUCACUCACCGACGGUGUCGAUCACGACAGAUAUCGACAUGUCCGCACUCAACAUGACCAAAGUCCUUGCGCUUCAUCCCGAAUGCGAACCACGUAUCCACGAAUUCCAAUGGUACCUCGUCGUCAACGAAGUCGGUGUCGUGCCGCUCGUGGGGUUUCUCGACAAGUGCAACAUCAUGGACAAGCAACCGCUUCGAGACGAGGAUUCUUUGACCGACGAAUCUGCGGACUCGCUCUGUUUGGAGUCUUCCCCGUCUUCGUGCGCAGACUCUGUCAACUCAGCGCUCAAGCCUCCGUCCCCUCGACAAAGCAUUCACCUGUCCCAACACCUCGGUCGCCUUGUUGUUCAACCAGACGGUCGCAUCUCCCAGUCUUGGCAGAAUGUCCCGUUUCCAGCGUAUGGUCUCGUCACCCCGCGAUGGAGCAUCGUGCUGCAUGCUGUGUGCGGCGACACAAGUCCGCCCGUCGUAUGUGCACGCGUGAACUUCGAGCUCUCGGCUUCCAACAGCCACAUCCAAAGUAAGGAAGCCCAUAGCAUCGUUGGCGUCGCCGCGUUUGUCCUCGCGUCGAGUCUACUGCUCUUUUUAACUUAACAUUCUGUACCAUACUCGAUCGUGUGCACUGCGCGCGGUGUGCACACAUGCAGCUGGAGUCCGCCGCCGUUCGUCGUCCACGUACGUCUGUCUUCGUGAGGAUCCGACCA